CAACUAAUGCAAAAGAAUUAUAUCAAGAAUUACAAAAAAUGAAAUAUUCAAUUGAAAUGGUUUUUGAAAAUACUCAACAAGUAUCAGAUAUUGUAGAUGUUAAAGUUCCAUCAAGAAUUUCAUUGCCAAUGAAAAUAGGUGUAGCAAUCGAACAUGAUGAAGAAUAUCACACAACUGAUACUAUUCAUAAAAUUCGUGUACCUAGUCAAAGUCUUUUGUAG